AGCCAAGCUGUGAUCUCAUGCUGCCCAAAUAAAAGGGGAGGGUGAAGGGGGGACGGAUGUCGGGUAGGGAUGAGUCAGGGCUGAUUUUGGGUGUAGCUGCUGCUUUCAUGUGGGAAAAAUGCAACCACCAGGAAGCCUGACCACUGUGCUGCAGUGCUAGGAAACCUUGAGCUGGGCAUUGCUGGGAGAGCUCAGGGUCUGUUUUGGGUACAGACCCUUGGGAUAGAUGGAGAGGAGCAUCUUCUGUUGCUUUUUAGCCUGUUCUGAAGUAGCAGAUCCCUGUUCCCUUCUUGCUCACAGUGGUUUGAAGUGGGGGCCCUUGGGAGCCUGCAGGGUGAUUGCAUUGACCAAAAUGGGGCUUGGAGCAAGGGGAGCCUCCUAGAACAGGAUGCACAGUUCUGUUUCCCAUCCGGGUGCUGUUUUUUGCACUGUGCAUGCCAAGAUCGCUGUGUCCUCUGCUGGACAGACAGACAGACGGACUCUUGUCUGUGUUUGUGUGCGAUGAGCUUCCUCCAGUCCUGGAGAUGCACCCUGGGGGAGGGAGCUGAUAAGGGAACCCAGAACACAGCCUCAUUGUGUGGCCUUGUUUUGCUGCUUGCGCCAUCCCAACCCCAAAGUGACAGCGGUGAAGCUUCUGCCGUGGCUUUGCAAUGGGAAGGAUGAGGCUGGGGGGGGGUGUCAGUGUGGGGAGACCCCCCUCAAUGCUCUCCCACAUCAUGUCAUCAUCAGCCCCAGAGCCAGAGACUCCAUGCAGGGAGCGUGGGUUUGAUCAGAACCGAUGGCUAUAGGAGCAAAGAGCAGAAUCUCAUGGGGAGCAGCACUGAGGGGCUCUCUGCCUACGACAGGGGGGUGAGGAGCCCUGCAUGGUGCUGACAUUUUCCCUGCAUUCCCUUACUCUUGUGGCCUGUGAAUAAAGGCACGCUUGUUAGCUGGCGAGAGCUGUGUUUUGCCGAGCAGAACAAUACAGAGAAAGAUGCCCACAAUGGGAAAUUGUGCUUCCUCCUCCCCUGUGCGUUCCUCGGGGAGGUGUUAAAAAAAAAAAGAGAAAAGAAGAAAAAAAAGGAGAAGAAAACGGGAAGAGACGGGCACAGGGCAAAGAGUGAGAGCACAGAGAGCACAGCCAACACUAACCAUGGGAGCAGGACGUGGGACCCUGCCCUAGGGUGGUGAUGGUGACGGUGACAGCAGUGUUGGCAGGACCCAGCUGGGAGCACCCCCCGUCCUUGUGCCCCAUGUCCCCUCUUCUCAGCAGCAUCACAGCGCAGGUUUGAGCUUUCCAGAUCCCUUCAUCCUGAGAUGGGGUGGCUGUGACAGAGCCAGGACGCAGGCGGUGGUGGAUGGGCUCAGCAAUUCCACUGGGGACGGGCAAACAUUGAGAUGGUUGCUCUCCAAGUCCCUGCUGCAUCCCCCGGUCUGUCCUGCUGCAUGGCCCUGACCCCUUCACUCCCCCCAGGCUUUCUCCAGUCCUUAGCUCUAAAGAUGCAUCGGGUUCUGCUCACAUCCCUCUGGCUCCUGGCAGCAUCUCCAACCUCCAGCAUCUUCCAGAAGCCAACAGGGAGCCCAGCCACCCCACGCCUGCAAUACCUGCUGGAACCCCUGCACACCGCAGUGCACACGCAGCGGGGUGCCACAGCCACGCUGCCCUGCGUGCUACGCGCCCUGCCCCGCAACUACCGGGUGAAAUGGAGCAAGGUGGAGCCAACCAACUAUGGGGAAAACGUGAUCAUCAUCACCAACGGGCUGUACCACAAGAACUAUGGGCCGCUGAGCCCCCGCGUGCGCCUGCGGCACAGCCACCGCUAUGACGCCUCGCUCACCAUCACCGACGUGACCUUGGAGGAUGAAGGACGCUACCGCUGCCAGCUGGUCAACGGGCUGGAGGAUGAGAGCGUCUCACUCACACUGCACCUGGAGGGUGUUGUCUUCCCCUACCAGCCCAGCAAUGGGCGCUACAGAUUCAACUACCAUGAAGCCAAGCGUGCAUGUGAGCAGCAGGAUGCCCGGCUUGCCACCUACCAGCAGCUCUACAAAGCUUGGAUGGAGGGCCUGGACUGGUGCAACGCAGGCUGGGUGCUGGAUGGCACCGUGCAUUACCCCAUCAUCAACUCACGGGAGCCAUGCGGUGGCCGCCUCCUGCUGCCAGGCAUCCGUAGCUAUGGGGCCAAGGACAAGCAGCGGGACCACUUCGAUGCCUUCUGCUUCACCUCUGCACUGCAAGGUGAGGUCUAUUUCAUCCGAGGCCACCUGAGCUUCAAAGAAGCCGGGCAAGCGUGUCGCAACCACGGUGCUACCAUUGCCAAAGUGGGGCAGCUCUACUCAGCGUGGAAGUUUUUGGGGUUGGAUCGCUGUGACGGAGGAUGGUUGGCAGAUGGAAGUGUGAGAUACCCCAUCACCACCCCCCGGCAGCGCUGUGGGGGUCUGCCAGAGCCUGGUGUCCGCAGUUUUGGCUUCCCCAGCAAGGAGCUGCGGAUCUAUGGCACCUACUGCUUCACAGGGACAUAGGAAGGGUGGGCAGAGGCAAAGGGGUGGCACCAGCUCUUGACACCUGAGUGGUGAGCUCGAGGUGGGACAGGGGUCUCUGGGGCAUGUUGGGUGGUGCUUGCAUCCUCUGAUCUUCAGUAAUGAGGCUGAAUUUGGGGGAAUUUGUGCAUCCCCUCUGAUGGGGCUGAAUUUGGGUUGUGCAUUUAACGGAGUUGAUCCCUGCACUCAGAGUUUUGUAGGCAUUCAAGGUUUGAUGGAGAAUCCAGAGCCAUUUCCAUGCCAGGAAUUGAGGAGGUCUGGUCCAGCCCCCGGUGGGCACAGCAGGCUCCCUGAGGCCCCCAACUUCAAUGCGCCCCUGGCCCAGGCCUCGCUUCCUACAGCCAUGCAGACUUUGGCUGGUGCAGGCUUGCUGGAGAGCCAGGCAUUAACGAGUGUGACUAAUGGAGUUUCGCUUUCUCAAUUAAUAAAGCGACAGUAAAGCUGC